UCGGGCCUACCCGCACCUGCGCGGUGGCGGACGCGGGAGGCGGGCGGCGGGUCGCGGAGGUUCUGGCUCUGGUCUGCGCCGGCCGUCCGAGGCUGCAGCGCGGGGCGUGGGGGGGGGCAGACCCCAGCCCGCUCAGGUCGCCUACUCCCCUCCCCGCGGUGGGGGCCGCGUCCGCCCAGAAUGGGGGCGCCCCUGGGGCCUCCGAGCGAACGCGCAGGAAGGACCGCGUUUUGGGGGCUGGCAGCGCUCCCCGCGGGGUCUCCGUCCUCGUAGGUGCCGAAGGGGCCCGUGCGCGGCCGCGAGGACUGAGCGCCAGCUGCCACCGGCCGGGGACCGCCGAGGUGUGCCUUCCCAACAUUUGACAUUCUACCCAGAACAGCAGAAAAUGAACAAAUCCCAGAAAUGUGCUGGUCAGGGAUCCGUGUCAUUCAGGGAUGUGACUGUGGACUUUACCCGGGAUGAGUGGUCACAACUGACGGGCACACAGAGGACACUGUACCGGGACGUGAUGCUGGAGAACUACAGUCACCUGGUCUCAGUGGGGUGUCACCUCGCCAAACCAGAGGUGAUCUUCAGGCUGGAGCGAGGAGAAGAGCUGUGGCCCUCAGACGCAGCGACCCCAGACCAGGGUGAUCAAGACAGAAACCAGGAAGACCAAGACAAACAUUUGUGGCGAGUUUCACUCAUCAGCAAAAAAUCACUGACUAAGAAGAGAGAGAAUGUUUUCAGAGAAACACCCUGUCAGGAUGUCUCUCGUGGAAAACGUUUGAAAAAUGUUUCAGAAUCAAUUAUUAGUAAUAACAAGUAUUCAGGUAAGAACUCUGAUGAAAUUAAUGCAUGUGGGAAGUUACUCUCUGGUAAUAACCAAGGAAAUACUCAUUCUGGAAAAAAGUCUGGCGAACGGAACCUAGGUGGGAAAUCCCCAAGUCCUAUUGAGGGCUGUACUGAACAACAGAAAAUUCAAACUUUGGGGCCACUUUUUGAAAAUAAUGAAUGUGGAGAGAUCUUUCUUAAUAAGGCAGCUGUCAUUACACCUACGGGGGCUCAAACAGAAGAGCAGUCCUGUGAUUCUAAGGAACAGGGGCGAAAUACCAGAGAUGAGUCCGCCCUUGAAGUCCUUCAGGAAACUCACACAAGGAAGAACCGCUGUGAGGUCGAUGAGUGCCGGAAGUCAACCCUUUUAAAACAUCAGAAAGUUAAUGUGGAAUGUAAUGACGACGAGACUAAUUUCAGCAAGAAGUCCCAUGACACUCAACUUCCCGAAACUCACACAGGAGAGAAAACCUUUGAAUGUAGUCACUGUCAGAAAUCUUUUGAUCAGGAGGCCCACCUGACUCAGCACCAGAAGACACACACAAGAGAGAAACCCUGUGGAAGUAAUACAUCUGGAAAAACCCUUCAGAAAUCACAGCUCACAGACCCUCCGCAAUGUCAGGCAGGAGAGAAACUCAGUGACUACAGCGAAGCCCCCGUGCCGUCAGGCCUUACCGAUCAGCAGAGAACACGGUCAGAAGUGAAGCUUUAUGUGUGUAACGAGUGCAAGAAGUCUUUCCGUCAUAGCUCAGCCCUCAAAGUCCAUCAGAGAAUUCACACGGGAGAGAAGCCCUAUCAAUGCACCGAGUGUGGGAAAUCCUUCUAUGCCAAAUCAAACUUGAACCACCAUCAGAGGACUCAUACAGGGGAGAAGCCCUAUGAGUGUAGGGAGUGUGGGAAAUCCUUCUGUGUGAAAUCAAACUUAACUAAACAUCAGAAAACACAUACAGGAGAGAAGCCUUUCAAAUGUAAUGAAUGUGGGAAAACUUUCUUACAGAAGUCACAGUUUGCUGACCAUCAGAGAACACACACGGGGGAGAGACCCUAUGUAUGUAAUGAGUGCGGUAAGUCCUUCUACUACAAGUCAGCCCUGCACGUACAUCAGGGGAAGCAUACAGAAGAGAAACCCUUUAAAUGCACCGACUGUGGGAAAUCCUUCUGUUAUAAAUCUGCCUUAAUUAUCCAUCAGGUGUCUCACACAGGGAAGAAACCCUAUGACUGUAAUGAAUGUGGGAAAACCUUCUGUGUGAAGUCAAACCUCACUAAACAUCAGAAAAUUCACACUGGUUUGAAACCUUAUGAAUGUAAUGAGUGUGGCAAAGCCUUCUCUAUGAAUUCGAUCCUAAUAGUACACCAGAGAACCCAUACGGGGGAGAAACCCUAUGAGUGCAAUGAAUGUGAGAAGUCCUUCUAUAAAAAAUCAGCCCUCACUAAACACCAGAAAACACACACAGGGGAGAAACCACACGAGUGUAACGAAUGUGGGAAGGCCUUCCAUAUGAAAUCCACCCUGAUCAUACACCAGAGAACUCACACUGGAGAGAAACCCUUUAAAUGUAACGAAUGUGAAAAGUCGUUCUACGUGAAGUCACUUCUUAACAUUCAUCAGAGAAAUCACACGGGAAAGAAACCCCACGUAUGUAGUGAAUGUGGGAAGGCCUUUUCUAUGAAGUCCAAUCUCACCGAUCAUCAGAGGACACAUUCAGAAGAGAAACCCUAUGAAUGUAACGAAUGUCAGAAGACCUUUCGCCAUAAGUCAACUUUAACGGUACACCAGAGAACUCACACAGGGGAGAAACCCUAUAAAUGUAAUGAAUGCGGGAAGUCCUUCUACAUGAAGUCAGCCCUCAGUCAACACCAGAGAAUACACACAGGGGAAAAGCCUUAUGAAUGUAAAGAAUGUGGGAAAACCUUCUUCCAGAAGUCACACCUCACGAAACAUCAGCGCACACACACAGGGGAGAAACCCUAUGAAUGUAAGGAAUGUAAAAAAACCUUCUUCCAGAAGUCACACCUCAUUGAACACCAGAGAACCCACACUGGGGAGAAGCCCCAUGAAUGUAACAAGUGUGGGAAAUCUUUUUGUUACAAGUCAGCCUUAACCAUACAUCAGAGAACUCACACGGAAGAGAAACCAUAUAAAUGUAAUGAAUGUGAGAAAUCUUUCUGUAUGAAAUCACACCUCACUGUACAUCAGAGAACUCACACAGGCAAGAACCCCUUUGAAUGUAAGGAAUGUGGGAAGACUUUUUAUGUGAAGUCAAACCUCAUUAAUCAUCAGAGGACUCAUACAGGGGAGAAGCCCUAUGAAUGUAAGCGAUGUGGGAAGUCCUUCUGUAUGAAGUCGACCCUCACGGUUCAUCAGCGCACACACACGGGGGAGAAGCCCUAUGAAUGUAACGAAUGUGGGAAGUCAUUCUGCAAGAAGUCGACUCUCACGAAACAUCAGGUAAUUCACACAAGGGAGAUACUAAGGUGCAGCAAAUGUGGAAAGCCCUCCUGUGUGAAGUCGAAUUUCGUCAACACCAAGAGCACCCAUGGGAGAGACCUUAGGACUGUAGUAAUGUGAAGAACUCUUGGGGAACUUCAGUCUUCAGUUGGCAUCAAAAGACACAACAUGGGGUGGGGGUAGGUGGGCUCUCUCUCUCUCAGAAAAUUUCUGUGUCAGAUCUUAUGAAAUACCAGAGAGCCCACACGGAGAGAACCGAGAACGUCCUGUUUGUGAGUGUCCACCUAUGAAUCUGAGAAGAUGUCUCAGAGGAAUUGGUCACAGGGCUCAAAUCACAAAGAAUGCCACCAAAGUAUAAAAACAUUUACAGAGUCACAACUUACGGAUCAUCAGGUAAUUGAUAUUCGAGUGGAACUGUUACCAGUGUUUUACAUGCAUGAAAGCUUUUGAGGAAAAAAAAAAUCAGACUCUGUAUAAGAAAGGAAUUCAUCUUGAGGGGAAAAUCUAUCAAUUUGGGAAAUGUGGAUACAUUUUCUUUGGAAAUAUCGUAACACUAGAAGUCAGGAUUCGGAUGUGGUACAAGAUGUUGAAGAUGUGGCAUAAGGUACCUCUGACGCUAAUGGUGCUCGUUGUGGGGUCACGAGGCCUUUGGUGGCGGCCGCUCACAGCACCAGACGCCAGAGGUGCACCUGAGGAAUCGAGGCUCUGGUAUAUUGUGCGCAGCAUACACACAUCGUGCACGUUUGGCUUACGUGGCAGGUGUUGAAAUAGGUAUCGGUAGGAAGUGUCUCCCCACAGCUCAAUAAUUCCCAUGACAGACUUCUCACACUACAGGCCCCCAUGUGUUUCUGUAUGUUUGUAGUACAGAAUGCAUUACAGGGGACAUGCCUGACAAAUUUUGAAAUUCUAUACGUCAACAUACUGUUCAGUGAGGAACUCGGGGUACUGUCCACCAUAUGGCAUGCUCCCUUCCAUGUAAGUUGAGAGGAAGUAAGUUACACACACAAUUGCUUGUUUUUGCAAAGAGAAAGGCUAGAAGGAUAAACGACAAGCUAAGAAAAAUGAAUUCCUGUGGAGGGAGGAGUGAAUAGGGGGGAGUCAGGGAUGGAAGCAAGGUUUCUUUGGUUAUGCCUUUGUAGGACAUUUUGACUUUUGAAAAAUAUAAAUGAUUUAUAUAUUCAAAAAUAGAAAAUAAAGGCAUUCUGAAAUCGAAAACAAAUGAACUUUACGUCAAAUUGGUAACAACACAGAGAAAACAGUUCUUACAGGAAACUUCUGAAUACAGAGUUAGGACUCUAUAUCCUUGAUGGUAUGUUUAAGGGCAAAGAUUUGCAAAAAAUUAUAAACACCAUUCAUUUUUUGUUAGUAAUAAUUGGUGUUAUUUUAGAUCCAGUUUGUGUAUGUUGUAAGAUAAAGCAAAAAGAAACUGUUCAUGUUACCAGGAACCACACUUCCCAGUUUACAAGAAGAGAUGACCAUAAAAAUGAAAGAAUUUAUGUAAAACUCCCCAUAAGAAGUAUGAUCAGACAUUAUUUUAAAAAAGUGUAUGUAUGUCUGAGCUCAUCUGCUGAGGGCCUGGAAGCAGGGGCAGCCCCACGGAUGUGCAGCCUCGGUGCCGGCAUUUCCCUCUUGAGGAGCCAGGACUCCCUGGAGAAACAGCUGGUUCUAGGUCCGGGCCUUUACGUGUCCAGGGUGAGGCUGGGAGCUCUUGGGCCAAGAAACCAAGGAAGUCCUCGAGAUUAACGGGGACGCGUCAGUGGUCGCAGAGGCUACCUUGCAGGUUUCUCCCUGGCCAAAUUUGAGGUAGUUUGAUGGUCCAACAGAACAACUGUAAUGGAUUCCACAACAUUUGAUUAAACAAAAAUCUGUGUCCACAUCAAUAUGGAAAAAGAGGGGCACGAGCUUAUUUCCACCGUUGUAGGAGAAUCUUACACAAGCUCCUUUCUCUUUAAUGAGAAGGAAAGCAUUUUCACCCUGCCCUUUUUAGUAAGAGUUGUGGGAAGGCUGCAUGUUCUAGACAAGUAUAGCUAAUAAAUGUAGAAGGAAUGAUAGAAUUUGAAAGAUCAUUAAUUUGCCUAAAAAGCCCUAUGUCUAGGCAAGGGCAUCUGUGACGCCAGCAUCAGUAGGUGUAAAGGACUGGGGAUCCGUGCAGGGCCAGAGAACUUCCCACAGGCAUCUUUUUCACUGGCCCCGGAAAAGGUACACCUUUACAGUGGAAUGAUUAACUGCCCCCCUUUCGCCAUCAGCGGUGGUGACACCACACCGUGUGCCUCCUGUUAGGGUGCGGCGUGGGGUCCACACGUCACCCGGGCGUGUGCUCUUGCCCAAGUAAUUCGUAGGAGUUUAGUCAGGUGAUUGGUUUACAGCAGAUAUGAGAGAGCAGCUUCAGUGGAAGAAACCAAAAUCCAGAAUGUGGGGGCAUCCACCAAGACAGUUGGCCUGGUGUCUCCAAAAGUCCAUGUCAUUUUAGAAAGAAAAGGUCGGGGCGGGGGGCUCUUUCCGUGGAGAGAGACUAACGAGACCUGACCAGAUGCAGUGUGUGGUCCUUGAUUGGAUCCAAACCCCACUCAGCUCGAAAAGACAUCCCUGUGGGUACUUCUGAGGCCUUUGGAGGAACUGAAAUGUGGAAUGGCAUUGGAUAAUGUUAGGGAAUUCGAGCAGUUUUCUUCAGCGUGAUAACGGUGGUUAGGAGUGUGAGUCUCUAGGACACCAUGCGGAGCAGAGGUGGGCUGUGGGUUCUGCCGCUGGGAAAUGGUUUGGGACAGGAAUGUGCAUCAUUAGAGGAAGCAGGAAAAAGGGCAAACAUCUCAGCAAGCACUGCGGGUGGUGCUUGGGACAUGGGUGUUCACUCUUUUUCUCUGCAGAGCUCUGAUCAAUGCUAACCGUUUUUGGAAAAGCACUGUUUUUUGGCAUAUAUAGUGAUGCCCGUUGUUACUGAUCUGCACAUCAGUAAAGCAGCCGAACAAUUGCCUUAAAAAAAAAGUAUGUGUCUUGGGCUUGGCUGAUGAACACGUGUUCAUUGAGUGUGCAGGGGCAGGGGUGUGGCUCUUUGCAGGCGGAGGUGCUUGUCCCGCUGCAGACAGCGCCGUGUGUAGAAAAUACCCUUCUCUUCCCACUCCUGGGGGGAUUGGCAGGGCGCCUGCCGAGGCUCGGCGGCUGGAGUCCCCAUGGGAGGAAGAGCAGGCUCCAGGGACUGUGCCCUGGUCCUUGCUCCCCUCGAAGCAGGCUGGCAGCCGCUGUCGCAUCUCCCUUGGUAGAGGGCCUUGAUGGGGCCUGUGCUCCCUCCUUGCCAGAGGCCGUUUGGUGUUGGCGGGAUGACCAGACACUGAAGUAUUCCGGGUGAUCUGGGGGGAGGUUUUGUCAUCGAUAAAGAAUCGGGACCAGAAUGGCAUUGUCCAUGUGGAUGCCCGUUGAUGGCAUCUUGUGACUCGGGGCUGGUUGUCAGGCUGGUGAUCUGAGGGAAGGUUGGUCCCAAGGGCAGGGAGCGCCGGGGAGUGGUCUCCGUACCGGGAAGACUGAGGUCUUCAAUCUCCCUUUGAGUUUACACCUGUUGGAGUUGGGAUUUUUCUGUUGCUGGGAGCUAUAAGGCAUCUUAAUGCUGCAAAUAUAUAAAUAUACAGAGUGUGUGUCUAUAUAUACAUGUAUAUAUACGUAGUAUAUAUCUUACUCUAUAAGCCAAAGUGGUUAGACACUGGAACUUGGGAGCAAGAAUGAUUUCAUUCAAGAAAAUGAUUCAGUGACUGCUUUCUCCCCUGUACAGCUCCAUGCCUUGAUGAAAUAAUGCUAUUUCUUGUUGGAAAGAAAUAGAGCGCAGGAAAUGUCAUUUUGCAACCCACCUAGUUACAUAUUAAAUAUUCUUUAUGUGAAA